AUGUCUUCACGAUUGGGUUUGAUUCCAGAAGCAGCAGCCCGCCUCACCCAAGCCCCGCCACUCCCGUCGCAUCACAAGCCCAUGGUGGUUUCAGCUACCAGCAAAGGUUUUGCACGACCGCAUCUACAACUACGCUCAGCACUGACCGACCUCGCACCCUUAGACCCCGAGCAUGAAGCCUUCUCCCCUGAUCCGAACCCGGGGACGCGCAUCAUGGUGGAGGUGCGGGAUAUGGAUGGGGUGUCGUCGCUUGGUUGUUUGUGUUCCCCUCAUCUCUUCAGCUUUCUCACUGUAUUGAAGGUGCUCCUGACCUUGGUGAUGAUGGACGACGUCUCUUCGCAUCUGGACAAGGCGGCCUGCACAGCAAGCACGGCGGGACUAUGGUCGAGCUUUGCACGGAAAUCCCAUUUCAAACAAUAUGGCCUGGGCUUCCAAAAGCGGAAACGCUUUCAUGCUUUCACGCUUUCAAAAGCGGUGAAAGCGGCUAAAGCCGGACUUGUAAUUUUACUGAUGCUGGACAGCGUUCCCGGACUACCUCCAGUAGGGCGAACACAAACAAUUGUGCGGCCUCAACUCCCUGCGCGGCAGCCGCGACUCCAUGAUUUGCUUGCCCCACAACCAUAUACGCAAUCCAGCGGCGUUAAGUUUUCAGAACAUCCCGUGCCCGCACAAGCUCAGCGACCAAUUUUGCAACCACGACCUGUAUACGCCUGGCAUUUACAACCUCAAGACUCGCAUGCCUCACAGGCAUAUACAUGGCGCAGUGGUGUUAAACAUUCCGUGCCCUCACCAAUUGUGCCCCGACCUGCAGCCGCCCCGUUGCAACUCCAAUAUUUGCGUGCCUCACAAGCAUAUACACGACUCAGCAGAGUUGAAGUUUCAAAACAUCCCGUGCAUGCUCAAGCUCAGCUUCCGCGACAUUCACCUGGUCCAUCACAAAUGAUACGGUCAAGUUUGAUUACACAAUCAUUGCGCGUCCCACCACCUCGCCAGUUACGACCUUACUUUGACGCGUUGUACAGCGACGAGGAAGGUUAUGUAAGUGACAGUGAAAGAGGGUGGCCUCGUCAGGAGGAGACACUAAGUCGACGAGUUACAGCAAGACGGAGGUUAUUUGACAGGAGGAAGAAAAGAAAGCAGCUGGAAAAGGAGGAGAAGUUGAGAACGAAAGCGGAGGGAGGCGAUUACGGGACAGAUGAGGCCGACGACGAGAAGGAGGAGAGGCGUGGAAGGGGCAGGAAGAGGAAGAGACCGGGAAGAAGGGAGGGUGGCUCAAAGAGAAAACAGGCGGAAGACACGAGACAAGGUUUCCAGGACUGGAAUUCAAGUGAUUGCUUCGGCCACAUUUACUGCGACGGCCUAUCGACGACCAAUCCCAUAUCUGCUGCUCUGCUGCAGCGUGCGCCACUCCCAGAUGACUCUGUCCCUCAUUCCGAAAGCAUUCAAGAACGCCUAUGUCGACUUGAUAAAAUGGACCUGUCCGAGUCCCGCAUUUUGCUUCUCGAAAAGAUUCAUCAAGAAAUGUGGGCCGAGUUGCCAACCAUCAGGUUGAUCAAGUGGGAUGACCUCCCGUGGCCAGUAUUUGUUCGGACGACUUGCCCAAAGGAUUUGAUGUUUUACCGAAUCGUUUCAUAUUCGUUACAGGUUUCGAGCGGAAUGGAUAUCAAGGAAGCGCUCGUGAAUUCUAACCGGCUGCAGUGGGCUCAACAACGUCUUCGAAUUCUUCUCGGAUGCUGGGGACAACCUGGUUUGCAAAAGAAACUUAAAAACUCUCCAGACAAGACUAUGAUACAAGGUGUAAAUACUGUUACGAAUCAUCUCGAAAACGUUCUCGAUUUUGUGAACAUGCAUCAAAUCGACGAAACGCAUCAUACGGAUUUGACUGCAAUCAUUUCUCAAACGUUUCUCAAACACUUUGGUGAAAAUCUGGCUAGGAUUCUUACAGACACAUCAGACAACUCUGGUUAUAAGUCUCUGCUCAGGUUAGAGGGCGAUAGUGCUCAGAAGAUGCUGAAUUUUCUGCAAACGCUAGUUUCUUUGCCGAGGAACGAUAUUCUAGGAGCCCUUCUGCGACUUUCAAAAUUAUCGAAGUUGUAUCCUGAAUGCUUGACUAUAACGGAUCUUGAACGGAACAACGACGUGUUAGACUCGGGACGCUUUGGUGAGAUCUAUAAAGGUCGUUCCCGCAACCAGGUCAUUUGCUUGAAAGUUAUCAAAGUAACUCGGAAGACACAAAUCAAGCAUCUACUGAAAGCUUUUUUUAAAGAGGCCCUACUCUGGGGGCAUUUGUCGCAUCCAAAUAUCCUCCCUUUCUACGGAAUUUAUCAUCUAGAAGAUGCACAUGGAAGAAUCUCCUUCGUAUCUCCAUGGAUGGAAAAUGGAAACAUAACUGAGUAUCUCAAGAGACAUCCCCUCGCGAACCGUUUACUUCUGAUAUGGGAUAUCAUAUUAGGGAUUCAAUUCCUCCAUCAGAAUCAAGUCAUACACGGGGAUCUCAAAGGGCUCAAUGUACUUGUGAAUCGUAGUGGACGCAGUUGUCUCGCUGACUUCGGAUUGGCCAACCUGGUUGACGAAGAUAUCCUCCGUUGGACUUCAAUUCAGAGUACAGGACAUCAGAGCGGUGGGACAUUGCGAUGGCAGGCACCAGAGUUGAUUAACCCACCUUCUGACGAAUCGGCCAAGGCGACGCCAGCCAGUGAUAUUUAUUCUUUCGCAUGCGUCUGUUAUGAAUUCCCCCGCGACUGUACCGUCAUGAUGAAAGUGCUUGAAGGCUCUCGGCCACCUCGUCCAGCCGACACAAGCACCUUGUCUGACGAAAUUUGGAAGUUGAUCGAAAUGUGUUGGAAUCAAGAACCUCAAGACCGUCCCAGUGCGGAAUUGGUUAUAGAACAACUUCCUCUUGCAGGCAUUGUGGAUGAUAGGCCAAGUGGUGGUGACCACUUGGCUCCCCCCGACUUUCGCGCCGGUGGCCCCAAAAACUUGGGUGUGGUAUUCAAUCCAGCAGUUGAUAUCAUCCUCUCUUCUGUUCUCAGGUCUACUCCGACAAAUGAAGUUGAACCGCAUGCUAUAUAA